GAGACUGGCCAGAUGGGCAGCACCAUGGAGCCCCCCGGGGGUGCAUACCUGCACCUGGGUGCCGUGACGUCCCCAGUGGGCACAGUCCGAGUACUGCAGCUGGCCUUUGGCUGCACCACGUUCAGCCUGGUGGCGCAUCGGGGAGGCUUCUCAGGCGUCCAGGGUACCUUCUGCAUGGCUGCCUGGGGCUUCUGCUUCUCCCUCUCUGUCCUGGUGGUGGCCUGCGAAUUCACAAGACUACACAGCUGCCUGCGGCUCUCCUGGGGCAACUUCACGGCUGCCUUCGCCAUGCUGGCCACCCUGCUGUGCGCCACAGCUGCAGUCAUUUACCCGCUGUACUUCACCCGGUGGCAGUGCCCGCCUGCGCCCGCCGGCUGUGCUGCCAGGGACUUCCGCCUGGCAGCCAGCGUCUUUGCCGGGCUUGUCUUCCUGGCCUAUGCUACUGAGGUAGCCCUGACACGGGCCCGGCCCGGCCAGGUGGCUAGCUACAUGGCCACGGUGUCGGGGCUGCUCAAGAUUGUCCAGGCCUUUGUGGCCUGCAUCAUCUUUGGGGCACUGGUCCAUGACAGCCGCUACACACGCUAUAUGGCCACCCAGUGGUGUGUGGCUGUCUACAGCCUGUGCUUCCUGGCCACAGUGGCUGUGGUAGCCCUGAGCGUGAUGGGCCAUACAGGGGGCCUCGGCUGCCCCUUCGACCGCCUGGUGGUGGUAUACACCUUUCUGGCUGUGCUUCUAUACCUCAGCGCUGCUGUGAUCUGGCCAGUCUUUUGCUUCGAUCCCAAGUACGGUGAGCCUAGCCGGCCGCCUGAAUGCCCACGGGGCAGCUGCCCCUGGGACAGCCAACUGGUGGUGGCCAUCUUCACGUACGUCAACCUACUCCUCUACGUCGCUGACCUGGCCUACUCCCAGAGGAUCCGCUUUGUGCCCACCCUGUAG